GCAAGAUCAGAGCGAAGCCGGCAAGACUCGCCCAAGAGCAGCCUUGGCGGUGUCAACCACAUCUCCGAUGUUCAGCCGAUUGCUGUGGUCACAGUGACCGCAGCAGCCACGACGGUGCAGCCGGCCACAACGGCCAUCAUUACCAGACCUCAACUUACUGUGAGCCCGACACUUAGCCCCUUCACCCAGCCCAGCAGACAAAAGUCAUCCGCUGCCACGGCUCGACCAACCCUGAUCCCGCAAACUCUUACUAAGAGCCGGGGCACUUCGCUGAAGACGGCCCGUACACAAAUGAGCAAGGCCAAGGCCCUGAAGAAGAAAAGGUCAUUGUCCCGGAACAGAACAGCCACAGUGAGGAAGGCAAGUGGCUCAGCCAACGAGUCCAACAGCGCAGACGGGGAUGCAGCUAACGCCUCGGAGGGUGAUGGCGGCAAUGGCUCGACCUCGGAGGCGACGACCAAGGCGACGUCCAAGGCCAAGUCCAAGCCAAAGGCCCAGUCAUCUCCCUCGCCGCCUCCGCCUUCACAGGGUUGGAUCUCCUGGAUCUUCUCCAACUGGUUCUACCUUGCCUUCUUUUUUGGGACGGUGAU